AUGACUCUCAAACUCUAUGGAUACGGUCCAUCUACUUGCACACUCCGAGUAUGCACCGUGCUUGAAGAAAAGGGCCUCGAGUAUGAUUUGAUCACUGUCGAUGUCUUUGGUGGCGAACACAAGACUGAGGAAUACGCCGCCAAGUUUCAUCCCUUCAACAAGAUUCCUGUCUUGGUUGAUGAGGAAGCUGGCAUCCGGGUCUUUGAAAGCCGUGCUAUUGCUCACUACCUUGCGGUCAAAUAUCGUGGUCAAGGCAUCGAACUUUCUCCUCCCGAGACUGACCUCAAGGCAUACGCAGCCUUUCAGCAGGCCCUGUCGCUCGAAGCCUCCUACUUUGAUCCCAAUGUCAGUAGCAUCGCUGUGCAGGAGGUCUUCAACCCUCGCAAGGGCCUUGGUCCUGCCAACAAAGAAAUCGUCAAGGGAAACCUCAAGGAUCUCGACGCAGCAUUGAUUGGAUACGAGCGAAUUCUUUCGAAGCAGAAGUAUCUUGCUGGAGACAACGUCACCCUCGCUGAUUUGUUCCAUCUACCCUAUGGACAGUUGACGGAGUCGCUGGGACUCAGUGAGCUUCUCCCCAAGUAUCCAGCUGUCGAGAAGUGGUGGAAUGGAUUGAAGGAAAGAGAGAGCUGGAAGAAAAUCAAUGUGGAGAUUUAA